AUGGAGGAAACGUCUGCAGCAAGGUAUUGGUGUCACAUGUGCUCUCAAAUGGUCAAUCCUAUCAUGGAUGUGGAAAUCAAAUGCCCCUUUUGCCAAAGUGGUUUUGUUGAAGAAAUGAGUAACGCUCCUGGUAGCAUCGACAUUGACAAUAUGUCACAAGCUGAUUUCGAAUCUGAUCGGGCUCUCUCCCUUUGGGCACCCAUCUUGCUAGGCAUGAUGGGCAAUCCACGUCGCCGUCGAAGGCUUAGGCAAAUAGAGAAUGAUAAUGACAAUGAUAGUGGUAAUCGUGAUGAUGUGGAUGGUGUAGUAAACCAUGGUGGAGAACCUGAAUAUGAUCAAGAGCUCGAGUCCAUCCUUCGAAGGAGAAGAAGAAACUCAACUACUAUUCUGCAAUUGCUCGAAGGUAUAAGAGCUGGGCUGGCUUCUGAAUCAUAUGAAAAUACCGAUGGCGAUGACCAUGACAGGGAAAGAGAAAGAGAAAGAGAAAGAGAGCGUGUGAUUCUGAUCAAUCCUUUAAAUCAGACUAUUAUUGUUCAAGGUUCCUAUGAGUCAAACCGGGAUCAAAGUGAUAAUCAUAGCCACGUUGGUUCCCUGGGUGAUUAUUUCAUAGGGCCUGGUUUGGACAUAUUGUUGCAACAUUUGGCUGAGAACGAUCCCAAUAGGUAUGGAACCCCACCUGCUAAGAAGGAGGCCAUUGAAGCACUGCCUACCGUGACAAUCAAUGAGAAUUUGCAGUGUUCUGUGUGUCUGGACGAUUUUGAAGUUGGUUCUGAAGCUAAAGAGAUGCCUUGUAAACAUAGGUUUCAUAGCGGGUGUAUCCUUCCAUGGUUGGAGCUUCAUAGUUCUUGUCCUGUUUGCAGGCUUCAGUUGCCAGUUGAUGAAUCUAAGCAAGACUCUGAUGGGUCAAGGACUAGCAGAACCCGAAUGGAGGAAGAAAAUAUUGAACAUGACAAUUCUGAAGAAAGAGACGGUGAAAGGAGAAAUGCAAGUAGGGGUAGAAGAUUCUCAUUUCCAUGGCCUUUCAAUGGAUUAUUUUCUUCAUCGAACUCUUCAUCCUCUUUCAGAUCUAAUGAAAACGGAAAUGAUACUAUAUCAAAUGAAAAUGAAAACUGA